AUGGCCAAGCAGUUCGGCAUCUCGUUCAAGGAGAUCAGCCCGCGGAAUCCGUGGCUGCACCCGGGCUCGUGCUCGAACUUCCUGCUGUUCGACGGCAGUCACCAACUGAGCGAGCAGCAGACCAAGGAUGCGUGGGCGUGGCAAGAUCUGCUUAUGCGCAAGCUCCAGCAGCUCGCGAGGUCGGACCACGGAGACGCGCACCGAGAGAAGACGCUCUCGGCUGUGGUCGAGCACCUCCUCGGCUCGGACCGAGAACUGCUCGAGGUCAUGGGCGGAGUCAAGGCCCGCGCCAAGAUCGAGCUCUUCCUGAGGCUGAUGGAGGCCUGGUUCGGCCUCACAGUCGAGGAACUGAACCUCGACACGUUCGUCGAGACGGACCUCAUGGGCGACGACCCCGGCGCCCACUGCAUCGUCCCCGCGGGCAUGGAGCGCUUCAUCGACCACCUAGCGGAGCCCCUGCAUGACGUGAUCCACACCAACGUAUCCGUUGCGUCCAUCAACUACGACGGCCCGGAUGGGGUGAUUAUCGAGUGCAACGGCGGACGCCGCGUCACGGCCGACCGCGUGAUCGUGGCCACCUCGCUCGGCCUCCUGCAGAGCGGCAAGCUGCACUUCCAGCCGGAGCUACCGGCCGUGAAGACCGGCGCGCUCAAGCGGUCCAAGAUGGGUCAGUACAUGAAGGUGCUGGUGCAGUUCCCCGAGGUGUUCUGGCCGAAACACGCCACGUUCAUGGCCCAGCUCCAGACCAAGAGCUCAAGUGGAGGAGCCACCGACAAGCGGAUCUACUUCCCGCUGGUGUUCAACUACCACCUUGCUAAGGGGGUCCCCAUCCUGGAGGGCGUCUUGAUCGGCGACAACGCCAGCGCCAUCUCGGCUUCCUUCACGGACGAGGAGAUCGCCCACGCGCUGUACUUGCAGAUGCAGGAGACGUUCGGACCGGGCAUCCCCGAGCCCAUCAACCACUUCAUCACUCGUUGGGAUCAAGACCAGUGGUCGGUGGGCGCCUACAGCUGCGUCACCGCGAGGAAUGCACACGAGGACCCGGACCUGCUGAAGCAAACGGUGGCAAAUCGCGUGCUCUUCGCGGGCGAGGCCGUAGAUCCCAAGUACCAGGGCGCGCUCCAGGCCGCCUACUUCUCGGGACUCGAAGCGGCCGCCGAGCUCGUGGCCCAGAACCAAGCCCGCUCUCUCAAGGAGCAGCUCAACAGCAAGUGUGAAGCCGCACACCCGCGAUUAACCAACAACAAACCUCCGUAG